AAACAGAGUAGAAUCUCUGAAAUGGUCUAAUUUCACCAUAACAACCGAACCCUCUAUUUGUCCGCAUCCACCAUCAUUUUCAUCUCCUUUUUCUGUUUUCCCAACACUCACCGUCGUCACUGUUGCUUCCCUUUACACUCUCAAACCCAAUGAUAUACACCGUCACCAACGGCUUCUCAUCAUCAUCUUCUUCUUCAUACCCCCCAUUUCACACAUUUCCCCUCCCUUUCAAAACAACCUCAUUCUUCUUCCAUUCUUUUCCCUUUUCACGCUAAGAUCCGCCUCAGAUGCAGACUCUCCCUCCUUUCUCUUGCAUCAGAGGCUUCCUCUCAUGAAUCUCGCUCUUCCUCUCAAUUUUCUCACCCAAUUCGGAUGUAGCUUCGUUCUCCUCUCUUGUCUCUCUCGCCUCCUCAACUUUCUCGGCAUGUUUUUGAUGUUAGGCUUUUGUUUCAAGAUUCUUCACUUCGGUUGGCAUUUCAAGGGUGCCCUACGUUUUCUCUGUGAUUUUGGACGCAUGCCCACAAUUCGUUUAUGUUUGGAAAACAUUGUUUUGGAAGUUUCUAAGAAAAAAAUUCCAUCUUUGGAAAAUGGGUCUGACCCUAAUACCAAUUCUUCGACUCAGAAGAGGUCUAAUGUUGCCGGAGAGAGAUUGAAUGGUCGUUUGGAAGAUCGGUCGGAAAGGAAAGAUGAUAGUGAAAUGCAGGUUCCUGAUGUGGAUGAGGUGUUUGAUGCAAUGACUCUGAGAAAGUUGAUAAAGAUUGAGCGCAGGAAAGCUAAUGCGGCGUUUGCGGAGCUUGAUAAGGAACGGAUAGCGGCUUCUUCAUCUGCGGAAGAGGCAAUGGCGAUGAUUCUCAGGCUUCAGAGUGAGAAGAGCUCGGCUGAAAUUCAAGCGAAUCAAUUCCGCAGAAUGGCUGAACAGAAGUUAGAGUAUGAUGAUGAAGUGAUUGAAUCUUUGGAAUGGACGAUCACGAGGCAUGAAUCUCAUAGGAGUGUGUUGGAAGAGCAGUUGAGGGUUUAUAGAGAAGAACUCAAGCAAUAUCUUGGGGAGGAUGGGAUAAACCAACUUGAAGCUGAUGUUAGUAGAGAUAGGAGUUUUGAGAAUGAAGCAGUUGAUUCUGUAGUUAGCUCUUCUGAAAACGGAUCACCGACCUUGUAAGUUUCCAAGGUUGUGUUAUAUACAAACAAAUGCUUUUACUUGAGUUUUCUUCUGACCUGUUUUGGUUUAGUGUAAAUUGUAGUAAUCCAUAACUUUAGUUUUAAUAAUGUUGAGCGUAAAUGUAUAUAUAUAU